GUAAAUAGCAGCAGCAGAAGAAGAAGUUCUCCUCAGUAGGAAGUCCUCCCGCUAACGAGCCGCCCGAAGUCAAGCAGGACCCAAGAAAGACCAACAGCGGGAAUAAAAGGAGCAUGGAGACAAAUAAACCAUUUGAGACGACAGCUACAAAUGCUUCUGCAUCAGAAGAGGAGGCCAAAAAGGCAGCAGCUGCAGCCAAACUAGCCAACCGUCUGCCUGAAAUCCGUCUGGUGGUAGUGGGCUGGAGGUGGCCGGGGAAGAGCUUAACAGGCAACACCAUCAUAGGCAAAGAGGAGUUUCGCUUGGAACGAGCGGCUGAGUUCUGCGUUACGAGGCAGACGGAGGUGGAUGGACGGCAAGUGACUGUGGUGGACACUCCAGGCUGGUUCUCUGCCCAGGAUACCCCUCCGUCCUACAAAGAAGAGUUAGUCAGGGGAGCCUCUCUUUGUCCUCCAGGUCCACAUGCCUUCCUCCUGGUCAUCCCUGUUGGCAUGUUCACAGAGGUGGACCGUGCUCGCAUUGAGGAGCACGUGAGCCUCUUCGGUGAGCAUGUAUGGAGGCAUACGAUCGUGGUGUUCACCUGGGCGGAGAUACUGCGGAGCAUUUCCAUCGAGAGGUAUAUUCGGAGGGAGGGCAAAGACCUGCAGUGGGUGCUGGAGAAAUGCAAGCGCAGGUACUUUGUUAUUAACAACUGCAUAUUCGGGGAGCAUCCCCAGGUAGGACGCUUAAUGGAGAAAGUGGAAAAGGUGGUGGCAGAGGAGGGGGGUUACUACAAUCCAGCAGAGGUGGAGAAGGAGAAGAAACCUCUGGAUGAGAACCAGAAUCCGACCAGAGAUGUGAACGAGCUGGGAGCCCGACCCAAACAGAACUCUGGACUGGGCCUGUCAAAAGCCAUGGAGGUGGAGCCGCUUCCAAAUUAACAAGUCACGUUUGGCUGAUGGGCCCAAGAAUAGCAGAUCCUCCUUCUUCCUGUUCUGAUGGUAAAACUGCUUGUAAGACAAGACAGAAAAGGGUAAAUUACUGAAAUGUUUCUGAAUAUACAAACCAGUUUGAUUGACUCUAUUUAUUUUUAUAAUCGACAUGUUACUGUGUGUUUUAGUUGUGUGCGUUUUUGACAAUGCAUACAUCCUCACUGUCAUAUGAGAGGCCUUUUUAACAGAAUCCCUUGGUUUUCAUGCUGGCUGCACAUUUAGUCGCCCAUUUUAGCCUGUAAUGGUGUUUGGAAAAUGUGUGUGAAAGUGUUUUUAGCGCUGUCUGAUGGAAAGGAUGUAUUUUAAUCUGAAACAAAGAAGCACAGGCUGUUACAUACAGAGAGUAGCCAUAAUUUUUAAACCCAGUGUGUACACUCCUCAGUCAUGGCGGAUACCGAUGGCACAACUGCACUACUAAAUUGUUGCUAUAAUAUUCUGUUGGUGGCUAUUGAGGAAAUAGUUUUUCCCAUUUGUUGUGACCAAACUGUAAAUGUUUUUCCUUUGCUGUAGUGUUUGUUAUACAGUUAUAUUCAUACAGUUGUAAAGCACUUGAACAGUUACUGAUCUUUGUCUGAUGUGUGUUACCUUUAAAGCAGUUGUUUAGUUACCUAUAAACAGAUCGUUUAGGUGAUUGUAUUACUUUGUGAUAGAGAUAUAUUCAAUGAAAUUAUGUGCUAGCAUUUAGAGUUUAAGCGUGGUACAUUGAGCUGUUAUUCGGAUUAAGUUGUUUAACUAAAUAAUUGAAAAACUUAAAAUCCCAGAUAGUCACCAUUUUGGGUUGUUAUUUGUGCUUCUUUUCUUUGUUGAUAAUCUGCUAAAUGAUAAUCUAAAAUAAAUAUAUUUGAUUUUCGGACAAAACAAGCAAUUUUAAGAUGUAAUAUUUGGUUGUAGAAUACUGUAAAAGGUAUUUUUUUACAUUUACAAUGACUUUUUUAUUUAAAUUUUCUAAACACAAUGAUGAAUCAAAGAUGUAGCAACACUGUGCCUGCUAUCACAGAAAUGCAAUCAUUUUUCAAGUCAACUGAGGAGGAAAAUAGGUUUGAUGUAAGUUUAAAAAAAGUACUUCUUUAGCGUUGACUACUUUUCUACGGUUUCAAGUUGACACUGCUGUUUUCAGGCUCUGAAAGAGUUUAGUCUCCAUGAUGACAGUGUUUGGCAGCUGUUUUUGCAGGACAUGAGAGGUUUCUAAGGGGAACACUGGUGUGGCAGCCUAUGAGGAGACAUUUCCAUCCAGGAGAAGCUAGAAAGACGACACAAGGAUCUUGGCGUUGUUUUCCUUUACGAGCCACGCUUACAACUGAGGGCUGAAGUACCUUUCUUUUUGCCUCUUUAUAUUAAAGCUCUUUUGUGCAGCAUUUCUACAACUUUUAACUUAAUCCAAAAAAAAAAAAUUGUGAUUGUUUGCAGUGCUAUGAGUGAAAGACUGCUUUUGAUUGUUUCAUGCACAUGUAUUCCCAAUAUUCCACUGAUUAAAUUGGCAUGGAGAAAGCAGACAGAAGUGAAUAUAAAGUAUUUUUAAAAAUCUGCUUUCCUUGUGGAUACGAACAGCAAAACACUGUAAUCAUACCUGCUGUUUGUUGGCAAGAACACUCUGCAGGGCACAUUUGUUUCUUCUUUGUUGAAAAGGAAGAACUUAGGAGAAAAUUGUGUAGGUUUGGGCUUCCAGCAGGCUGUGCAAGCAGGAUGAAAGACUUCCCAGUUUUCUGUUUGCUAUGAUUGCAUAGUGCACACCAUCAGGUAAGCAUGAGAUAAAUAAAACGGGGACAUGUUGUCAGGGCAGCCAGAUGAAGUGCUCUUAUGUAGGCAAUCAGUGGGACUCAUCUGGUGCUUUUUCACUGUGAUUGUUGCUCUUUCUAAUAGGGAAAGUCAGCUGCUCUAGACAGACUCUUGAAUCAUCCAGUAAGAGUUGUGUAACUGUUUUUAUAAGCCUGUGGUUGCUUCCUUCUCUUUGUAAUCUGUGUUGACCUCCAGAUGAAUCAGGUAGUUGAAACAAUAGUUGCGUAGCCUGUUUUGUCAUGUUUUUUGUGAACCAGUUGAAUAACCGAAGUCCCUGAACGUAUCCCUCGACUACACAUCUCUAAGUAAGUGUUACUCAGGUGUACUCCCUGGGAUGCUGUUAGGUUUAGAUUGGGUUAUCUGGGUGUAAAUCAGGUACUAGUAGAGCAGCUGUGAGUUCCAAAGUUGAAAAUCUUUGCCUUUAAUCUAUAGUUCUUUGUAAAUAUCACAGAUCAGCCUCACUCUUGGCCAUCAGACGCUGCUGGUUUUCUUAUUUUUUCUCCACUGGGAUGCACAGACUAAAAUAGCUGGAUGGAAAACCAGCAAGGUCCUGAGACCCAUGAUUAUAAAAAAAACUGAAUUAAAGCCAUUAUUGUAGGAAUGCUCUGUAUACUUUAGGUGUGUUUUAUUGAAUUAGUUGUUGCUAUUUUGCAUGUGUUCAUACUAGUGAGUACAGCAGACGCAGUGCUAUACACUCAGAUAUGCACUGUGACUGUUUAACCCACUUUGGGUCAAUGCUAACAUGUUUGUUGACAUUUAAUACUGAAGCAGAGGUCGGAAACAUAUCUACUGUAGACCUGUUUCCCACAAGUCCCUGAGGAGUUAUUAUUACUGAUAUUUUAUUUUAGAUUUAAGGAGAUGAAUAAGUCCAAACACGGCUACAGACUUGGGUCAAAAUGCCACUUAUUUAAGGAGGGAGACUCUUUAUAAUUAAGGCAACAGAAUUAACAGACUGACUGAAAAAAGAAGAUUGGUAACAAGUAUAUAGCUAAUGUAUAUGCAUGUAGGACACUGACUAAAGCUGCUUUUAGGCAUGUAACAUAAUAUAAUACACCUUGGUAGCAGUGUUUCCAAAUACGGAGUCCAGCAUCUGAAUCAAGCUACUCUUAAGGAAGUCAUAAAGAAGCAAGAGUCACAUCUCUGGGUUUUUACUGUAGCCUAUGUUCCCAUGCAGCGUGUCCCUUUAGCCAACACUAUUUAUGUUGACUUGUAAUUAAAAUGGGACGGCUGUACUGUACCGAGAGCUGCAGUGUCUUUGUUUUCUGUUAGGUUCAAAUAAAUGUCUAUAUUUUGAUCUA